UUAUUGUUGAGCGUCAUUUGAGGUUAAAAAACUUCAGGAUUUUUUUACGUCGCAAUUAUCCAUCCAAGAUCAUUGUUUUUUAGUGCAAAUUUGUAGAGGAAUUCUCUCUCUACAAGUUGAUAUUUUUUUCUCGUCGAUUGAAUGAGUUAAACAGUUAAACAGUUAAAGUUCUUGGCGUUACGCCACAUAAAGUUGAGUUUUUAAUUAAUUUGAAUACCUUCUGGUUGAAACUAUGUUUAAACAUUUUGAUGUGUUGUUCAGGAUAUUUUUACGGAUCGAUUGGUAUUUUUUCAUUGCCAGCUGAAUUUUCUAGACCAUACCAUACUUUUAUCAGCCAGAUUGGACUAAUAAUAUUACAUCUAGUGAAAGAGGACCCACUUGAAGUCAUCCCCACUUAGAUUCUUAUCCCCCACUCUUAAAAACCCUCGUGCACAGGUACGGGAAUAUGCUUCCAGAAGACACCCGACGCUCAGAACAGCUCAGAAUAGAAAGAGCGACACGACCAGCGCAGUAAGAAUCAUAACAAAUCAUGUGAAUUGAAGGACGCGGUCGCUCCCUGAGUUCCGCGAAAAAUUCAAGUUUAUUCGUGAGCAUUCUGAAUAACGAAAACGCAAUAAAAAUUCAAGUCGAUUCAUUAUUAAUUUCUCCAGGCAAGAAUGCCUCCUGUGAAAGUGAUUGUCCAGGGAUUUCCCAGUUAUUUACGUUACAAGGAAAUAUCGCAAAGGAAGAAAGUAAAAGAGAAGAAGGAAUUGGAAUAUUUAUUCAGAAGAUAUGGGAAGGUGAGAUGUGUGUAUUUGUGGCCAGAAACUCCUUAUGAGGGCUGGAAGAAAUGGCAAGGAAUGGUGCCAGACAAUUUUGCUCAACUGAUUUUCAAACAUGCUGACGAUGCUGCCGAGGCUUGUGAAGCUGCUGAUAAUCAUGAAAUAACAUUUGACGACUGUAUAUUGACCUUAACUCCGGUACCUAAAUUGGUUGCACCAAUUGACAUGCUGGAAGAUGAUAUUCUCAUCAAGAUAUUUUCAAUGCUCGAUCCGCCAAAUAAAAUGACGAUCGAAAGAGUUUGUAGACGUUGGAGGAAACUUGCCCCGGAGAGUUGGCGUAUGAAAGCACUCCAUCUGGGGGGACGCGUGGCCCCGAUUGAGUGUUGCUGCGACGAUACAUUAGAAGACUAUCUGCAAAGAUGCGGAGACUCUCUGAAAUAUAUCGCGAUUGACGUCACUUCCCACAAGUGUCUUGAUUUGAUUCGAAAAUAUUGUAACAGCCUUGAAACCAUGAACUUGUGGAUUUAUUUGAAAAACCCCAAAUCGAACACAUUCUCGGAAAUGUUCAAAUCACUGCAGAACUUGAAAGCACUGGAAAUACAUUCUUAUCCCGACUUACCUGGGUUCGACAUCCUCCAACAUUUGCCAGAAUCGAUGAUCAAAAUUCAUUUGAUCUACACCCAUCGAAAUCCUUAUUACUUUGAUUUAACAAAGUUUAGAAAACUGAGAAGUCUCACCCUGAGGGGAUUUUAUCGUGGGCUACAUCUGACGGGAAUGGAUCAUAGACAAAAUUUGAUUCACUUGGAUUUCAAGGACUCGACUAUUGAUAGCCACAUGAUAUGGAAGAUUCAGGAUAUGACGAGGCUAAGGACCUUGAUCAUUCCAGAGUUAAAGAUCACUGACGAAAUCCUCAUUCGAAUCCUCAGGAGAAACCCGAGACUGGAAUGUCUGAACAUUAGUGCCAUCCCUACCUUGACAGAUCGCUCAGUUCGAGAGGCAUUGUGGCUUCCAAAUCUUAAAGUACUUAAGAUUAGGAACCUGAAUGUGACUCUGGAAAUCUACGACUUCAUGCUGUCAUUGAAACGACUUCACUGUGAAGGGUGUCAGAGAAUACAAAACGAGACAUUGGGUCAGCUUCUGAAACUAGCACCAAAUUUGGAGUAUUUGGAUAUAAAAAACACUUCGAUUACAUCAGAAUUUCUGAGAAUUGCUGAGUCAGCACUGAGGAGACGCCGAAACAGUGUCCCUCUCAAGAUCUCAAGUGAUUUUUCUGAGAUAUCAAAGAGUUCAUACUCUUCUCGUUUAUUGCUCGUUAAUUGCUGAAGCAAGAUAUUCACGCGAAGAUAUUUCCAUUUUAGCUAAUCAAAACUAUAUACGCUGGGUGGGACACAGUUUUCAGGGGUGGAUUUCCCAUUUAAAUCUUACUCCGGGUUCGGGAGCGAUUUUUAAGGCUGGCUAGAAUUGAAGAAUUUUCGUAAAACUGAAACAGAUGGCAACAGGGGGCAUCCACUCCAUUGGCCAAAGACAUUGAAUAAAGACGAUCAGAUGAAUGCUAUCCUUGUCUGAUCCAUUGAGAAUUGCUUGGUCACGUGACGCCAUUCGGUCAUGAAUUGGCCGAAAAACGCCUUAAGGUAUAUCCCAAGACAAUAGAACCCAAAAGUUAGUCCCUAUGGAUUUUCAAAAAAAAUUCGAAAUAACUUAAUUUAUUGCAUUCUCAUAAUUUAUUGAGUUUUUUGAUCCCCAUAUGGUGUUGAUGCGGGCAACAAUAACUGUUUGAAUCAAAUAAGAAAUUAUUUGUUACUUAAUUUUUUGAAUCAAAUAAUGCUUGCUCGUGUUUAUAAUGCCAACAUUCCCCGGUUUCAUAUCUCUCGGCAGAAAUACGAGCAAUCCAAAACACUCAUGUUAUUUCAUGUGUCUUUCGAUUAAAGUUAUACCUAUCAUUUUAUUUCAUGCGUUUCGACAUAUUCAUCGUCGACGAUUUCGAUAACUAUUGUAAUAUAUUACGAUUAGACGGGUUGACUAAUCAGAAGAUCAAACGUUCUUAAGGUCGAAUGAUCUCUGAGGUUCAGAGGAGGGUAAGGAUUGAAGUGCGAGAGUCAAAUGUCGCGCUGAUAAAAAAUUUUGGAUGAAAUUUUCAAUACACUUCUUGGAAAAUCUUAUCGCAUUGUAACUCCACUGAAAUAGCAAAGAAUUUCUUCGAUGAAAAUUCAAAAUGUUAUGUAAAUAUUAAUGGAAACUGUAAAUUUGAGUUCAAUUAUUCCAUGAAAAAUCGAUAGAAAUCAGGAUAAUUUAGGUAAAUAUAACACUGGGGACGCUUGACCCUUGCCAGGUGUGAUCCUUGCAACAUUUGAUUCUCGAAAUGUAUCACCAUGACGAAGUUUGUCCUUCACGGGCUCAAACUUCGCUAGCCCUCCAGUAGUUGCGCUAUGGUCUAAACGCCGCCGUUUUUGUUAUUUUCAUAAUAUCUCUAGAAAUGUGAUGAAUUACGCUCUGCAUAUUUACGAGUUCCUCAAAUGAUGUGUCCUGAUGAGAUUAAACCCGGUAGGGUUACCCUGCACUGACAAUUUUUUUCUCUGAUCUGUCUUGGCUUAUGACAAAGGGCAAGAAUUGUACUUUUCAUUGAAGAAUAAAUUAUUCAA